GUCGUGUUCCUAUCGUAGAUGCAUAACAGUUAGGCUAUAUGUUUGUAAACCCACAAUCUCCGAUGGGAGCAUUCAAUCAUCAACAAACCUUUGGCUUUACUAGUUUUUAACAAAAUGAAGUCAAAGGAAGUGGAUGGUGAGCCGCGAGUGAUUGCACCUCGGUUGCAACUGAGCUGCAGAUUGACAAUCAGCCUUACUUGCUUAUUUACUUCUUUUGCCGCCAUCUUAAUGACGAUCAACCUAUCUAUGGCGAUUGUGUGCAUGAACAAGCGUUCAAAACAGCUGAAUAGAACGGACGAAAUAAAUAGCACCAAUUCAAGUUCAGGAUAUUUUGGAUUAAACAGCACUUGUAGCGAUGAUCUCACUACGGUACAAGAAAAAGAAAUGUAUUUAGACAAGCCAGCUCAGGGUAUGCUACUGGGUGCUCUUUAUUACGGAGUGGUCGCCGUGCAACUUUUGGUUGGUUGGCUAUGUGACAAGUUUGGCAAGUACAAACUUCAAAUGGCUCUCGGUUCCAGCGUUCUAGCAAUUGCAUCCUUCGCCUCUCCGGUAAUUCUAGAAAAUGCCGGUGUACCCUACUACUUUGCAUUGCGUAUCGUGAAAGGUGUCGCCAUGGUAACUUUACAACAACGACUUGAAAUUUUAUUAUCACGACAAUCAAACAAAUUUUUGCAGAGCUUUGCCCUUUCUUCAAUGUUGCCUAUGUUAACUCGCUGGACUACUACCCAAGAGCAAGGUCUGUUGAUGGGCAUUGCUUCUGCUGGUAUAGGCCUAGCCAAUUCAGUUACCUAUCCGAUUUCGGGACUGCUGUGUCAGCACGGAGGAUGGAAAGCGAUUUUCUACUUUGGUGGAGGCUGUGGUAUGGUGGCAUCGUUUCUCAUUGUGUGCUUAGUCUAUGACGGCCCAGCAAAACAUCCUCGAGUGGAUGCGGAGGAGAAGCAAUAUCUUCUUUCUUUUCAAUUUCAGAGUCAAACUUCAAAGAAACGACGAGUAAUCCCGUGGGCGAAAAUGCUUCGUUCCGUACCCGUUUGGUCUGUUGUCGUCACAAAUUUUUUCUUCUUCGCGGUGGUAAAAGGAAUAGUUCUCAAUCUGCCAAUCUUUGUCCGUGAUGUCCUGGACUUCACAGUUACUGAGAAUGGAAUCUUUUCUGCAAUGCCAUUAAUUGCAGCUCUUUUGCUCCACUUACUCAUUGGACCUUUUUUUGAUUACAUACGUAACCACAACAAAUACACCCCUACCACUGUGCGAAAAAUCUUUCAUGUCGUAGGUACGCUUAUUCCUGGAGCUUUGAUGUUUGUCUCCAGCCAGCUUUCAUCUGAGUACAAAUAUUUCAUCAUUUCUUUGAUAACGAUCAGUUAUUCUCUUACUGAGUUUGCCGUGAUGGGAGGCUUUGGAUACGCAAUGAUUGAUCUUGCUCCCGAUUUCCUCGGUAUUCUACAAGGGAUCAACAAAACCAUUAGUUUGGCUCCAGGAUUUAUUACGCCGCUUAUCGUAUCGGCUCUGACACCACACGGGUCGAGCGAGGAAUGGAAACAUGUUUUCAUUCUUUUUGGUGCGUUAUACGUUCUAUCAUGCUUAGUGUUUGUAACCUGUGGAAGUGCACAACAGCAGAGCUGGGGAAAAGCAAUCAAGAAUGACACAGUCAGUGCCCUCAGUGAUUCCAGCAAACCACGCAAUAAUUUUGCAUAGAAAGACCAUAGGGAAUUUAUUUCCAAAUAUUUUGCUUUGUCAGUGUGAAUUAAUCGCAAUGAAAAUGCAACAAUGGUCUGGCCCUUUGAAA